UGCCCUCCCCUCCCUCCCCUGCCUACACCGCCGCCCACCCCUCCCUCCCCUGCCACCAGCGCCACCGCGCGCGGCACGGGCUCCGUGUGGGCUCGCCGGCCGUUGGAGCCGGAAGAAGUUUCGUCCCCAUCUGCCGGUAGAGAAGCCCCCACCGCUCGCGGACGAGCAAUCUUCCCACAAUCUCCCUGACCCGCGGCGCCGUGCGUCGCGCCGUCACCGCUUCUGCGGCCAACGCUUCUGCCUCGUCGGCAACAACCAACAAUCCGCCGCCGAGCAAAGCAAGUAAAGCAACCGAGCCGAGUCGAUGGUGGCGGCGGCGCUAUCCGCGCUCCCGCGCGCCGCUUCCCGCCUUGCGCCGUGUGUCCGCCAGCCUGAUUUCCGCGCCCUCUGCGCCGCAGCUGCGGCCGGCGAGGCCUCGAAGCGGAGGCUAGUACUGUACACCAAGCCGGGGUGCUGCCUCUGUGACGGGCUCAAGGAGAAGCUUCACGCCGCCUCCCUGCUCGCCGGCACGCCCUACUCCCUCGCGUCCCUCGAGCUCCAGGAGAGGGACAUCACGACGAAUCCGGAGUGGGAGCGGCUGUACCAGUACGAGAUCCCAGUGCUGGCUAAGGUGCUCCACGACGGGACCGAGGAAAUACUUCCCAGAUUAUCACCCCGUCUAAGUGUGGAGCUCGUACAGAAGAAAAUUUAUUCUGCCUUCGAUCAGUAAGGAGGCAUUUUUGGUGAAAAGAAUCUGAGUUUAUUUUAUGAAUCAAUAGCUCCAGCUGUAAGAUUAUCAGUUGAUACCAUCAUGUGUGAUGUAAACUUUCUUGAUUGAGAUACAUGAUUUUCAUUUUCCUUGACUUGCGCUCUGUAAGGAUUUCUUUUGGGUUUGUGCAUCAUCGCAUUGCUUUGAGAAAAGAAUUCAUAUAUGGUGA